GAAUUCUUUCGAAGCGAAUACCAGGCGGCUUCAAAUUCGAUCGCUCUUCUCGAUUAAGAAUAAUUCAAACUUAUUCUCUUUUGGAUCAUUCAUAUCUGUUGCAUAUUUUGAAUAGAAUAUGUCCGGGGAUGAUGGUGGUGAAGAAUCUGGUGGUCCUGGAGCAGCCUUUCAACAAUUUGUUGUUAUGGAAGAAUUUCUUGAUAAACUUAAACUAUUACACUAUGAGACAACUUUCUGUAAGGACUUAGGAUUUAAACCUUUCUCAAGACAUUACUUUGCCUUACCUACAAAUCCUGGAGAGCAAUUUUACUCUUUCACUUCUAUAUCUGCAUGGCUACUGCAAAUGUGUGGAAAAAAUUUUGAUCAACCUCAAGAAUAUGAUGAUCCAAAUUCAACGAUAUCAAAUAUACUAUCUCAAUUAAGGGACCUUGGACAUCAGAUUGACUUUCCUCCUAAUAAGCUUAAAGUGGGAUGUGGGGAGAAUUGCUUAUGGGUAAUUGAUCGGCUUGCUGAUGAAGCUCUUAAGGCAAAAAGUUUUUCCUGGAAAUCACCGACAUAUCCUGAAGAAGAAGCCGAAGAGGAUAACAUAAUCGAAGAUGAAGCUGAAUUAAACCUGAAUAAGGUUGAAGAAGAAAUGAUGCUUGAUGACGAUGAAGAAAUUGAAGAGGAGGAAAAUAUUCUCGGCUUGGACGAUUUAAACAAGUUAAAUUCUGGUCAAGCGAAAAAAAUUGAAUCUUCAAAGCCAGAAAAUAUCAUGGAGUCGACUACUGACGCCAAUGAAUGGAAAUUGGAAGUGGAAAGAGUAUUACCCCAACUAAAAGUUACUAUUAGAACAGAUAAUAAAGAUUGGAGAGUUCAUAUGGAUCAAAUGACAACAAAUAGUCAGGGAAUCGAAAAAUGCAUGUCUGAAACAAAACUUCAAUUGGACAAACUUCACGAUGAAAUUACUAAGACACUAGAAAAGAUAGGCAGUCGAGAAAAAUAUAUAAACAAUCAACUUGAACAUUUGCUUGUUGAAUUUCGAACUAUGCAAGAUCGAUUAGCCGAAACAAAGGAGAAAUACAGACAAGGAUCUGGAGGAGUAACUGAAAGGAGCAGAAUUUUAGCUGAAGUUGGUAGAGCUUAAUGUUAAAUGCUUUUAAGUAUAAAAAAUAACUCAUAUAACAAUUAAUUUUCUAUAGAUUGUUGAAGAUUUAGAGAGGGUUAAACAAGAGAUGGAGGAGAGAGGAUCAAAUAUGACCGAUGCCGCACCUCUUGUUAGAAUUAAACAAUCUAUGAAAAAAUUAAAGGAAGAUUGUACUCAAAUGGACAUACGAGUAGGCGUUAUACAACAUAUUCUACUUCAGGUAAACAAUUCAUUCAAAGCUUUUAAUUGAAAUUUUUAUACACUUUAUCCACAAUAGGCCAAGUUGAAGGAAAAGUCACAUCACAACGGUGGCCCCGGAAUUAGUGAGGAUGAUAGUCUUGCUUAUUAGCUUAAACACUCUAAAAGUAUUUAAAUAUCAAUUAUCGAUACAGCUACUUAUUUGCUUUUGUUUUCGUGUAAAUAUAUAUCUAUAAAUCAAGUAAAAGCAUAUUAUAACAGCAAUGUUAACUAUAAGUUGCUAAAUCAUUCACAAAUAAAAAAGGUUUAUAAGUUUA